AUGCAGAUCCCGACCACAGCAGCAGCAGCAGCAGCAACAGCAACAGCAACAGCAACAGCAGCAACAGCAACAGCAACAGCAACAGCAGCAGCAGCAGCAGCAGCUCUCUUCUGCGAAGCCACUGAGCCCCCGCUGCGGGUAGCCAGCGACCUGCUGGGGCUGCAGCAAUCCGACAUGCAGCAGGAGCAGCAGGAGCAGCAGGAGCAGCAGGAGGAGCAGCAGCAGGAGGGUGAGACAGGUGAACAGCAGCAGCAGCAGCUGCUGCAGCAGCAGGAGAUGGAGGAGGAGCAGCUGCAGCCACAGCAGCAGGAAGAGCAGCAGGAACAGCACAUGCUGCAGCAGCAGGUUUACCAGCAGCAAGAGCAGCAGCAGCAGCAGGAGCAGCAGGAGGAGCAACCUCAGGAGCAGGAGCAGCAGCAGCAGCAGCAGCAGGAGCAACCUCAGGAGCAGCAGCAGCAGCAGCAGCAGCCGCAGGAGCAACCUCAGGAGCAGCAGCAGCAGCAGCAGCAGCAGCAGGCUGCUGCUGCUGACGACGUAGAAGAUGAGAAAGAGGAGCCUGAGGAAGCAGCAGAAAGCCCUGAGCUGUCUCGCCAGAGCAGCAGCUCCUCUACAGGCCUCGCGGCCUCACAGGAGCAGCAGCAGCUGCAGCUGCAGCAGCUGCAGCAGCUGCAGCAGCUGCAGCGGCUGCAGCAGCAGCAGCAGCAGCAGAAGCUGGCGGAGCAGCAGGACUGUUCGGAAGAAGUGGAGGAGGGUGGGUCUGGCAGCAGCACUCCAGGAGAGAGGAACGCGCCAACAGUUGCAGCAGCAGCAGCAGCAGCACAUGCAGCAGCAAGUGCAGCAGCAGCAGCAGCAGCAGCAGCAGCAGCACUGCCUGAUGUAGGCUGGGGCGGCUCCUCUCGCCGGCGCACCAGCAGCAUCUUUGUGUCUCCUCUUCAGGACGAAGCAAACGCAAGAGAAGUCCCUUUCUAUGCUCAUGCAACCAAGCAGCAGCAGCAGCAGCAGCAGCAGCAGCAGCAGCAGCAGCAGCAGCAGCAGCAGCAGCCGCAGCAGGAGAAGGGUGAAAAGAGUGUAUUGGGUGGCAAUGAGAACAUAGAGGAGUUGCUGCUGCAGCUGCUGCAGCAGACGUUCAACUGCAGCAGGAGCAGCAGCAUAAGUAUAGUAGUUGCUGCUGCUGCUGCUGCUGCUGCUGCUGCUGCUGUUGCUGCUGCUGCUGCUGCUGCUGUUGUUGAUGAUGAUAAUGAUGCAGCAGCGGCAGCUGUUGCUGCUCGAACUGCUGCUAAUGCUGCUGCUGCUGCUGCUCUUGUUGGUCUUUCUUCUUCUGCUGCUGCUGCUGCUACUGUUGCUGCUGCUGUUGGCGUAUCUCCUGCUGCUGCUGCUGCUGCUGUUGCUGCUGUUGCUGCUGCAGGGGCUGCUUUGUUUUAUUCUAAGGGUCUUAUAGAGCCAGCUGCUUCGCUGCUUGAGUCGCUGGGGUUGCUGCUGCAGCAGCUGCUGCCAGGGUCGUGUUUGCUGCUGCAGCAGCGGCUGCUGGAUCACCUGCGGCGUUCUCGUGCUGCUGUCUGCCUCGCGGAGAUAGCAGCAGCAGCAGCAGAAGAAGAAGCAUACGUACACACUGCAGCAGCAGCAAAACUUCUUGCUGCUGCUGCUAAUGUGCUGCUGCACUGGAGCAGCAGCAGCAGCAGCAGCGAGCUGCUGUGGGCGGGGGGACUCCUAAAGAAACUCCUGCAGCACGAAGAAUCCUACUUUCUUCUAGCGAGACUCGUGCUGCAGCAGCAGCAGCAGCAGCAGCAGCAGCAGCAGCAGCAGGGAGGAGAGAUGAGGAGAAAAGGGUUAUCUAUAGAAGUCCUUGAGGCGAUGGCUGUGGAAGCCUGCAGCACUGUGCUGCAGCAGCAGAAGCCUCUAGGCACCCGCACUGCUGCGCUGCUCGUGCUGGGGCCCCUCACUCGCUGCUGCAGCAAACUGCUACAGCCUGGAGACGACGAUCCCAGCCACAUAUACAGACAAAUCUUGGGGUGUCUCCGCAUUGCUGCUGCAGAACGGGAAGGGUGCUGGGCAACAGCAGCAGCAGCAGCAGCAGCAGACAUAGUUGCUGCUGCUGCUGACAGCGAUUCCUCCGAGUUUGCUGCUGCAGUUGUAGGGGAAGGGUUCGUGCUUGAGGCCCUGCUUCCUGCUGCUGCUGCUGCUGCUGCAGCUGUUAAGGGUGUAUACGUGGCGCCUGCUGCUGCUGAUGCUGUUGCUGCUGCUGCUGCUGCAGUCACAAAAAGCGCAGCAGCUGCAGCAGUAAAUAGUGAGUCUUUCGUCUGGGAUUCUUCGUUUGCUGCAGCAGGAAAAAAGCUGAAGCAGCAGCAGCAGCAGCAACUGCAGCUGCUGCUGCUGCUGCUGCUGCUGAGGUGUCUCUCUUUGGUGGUGUUUGCUGCUGCUUGUCUGCGUCUCUCUUGCUGCUGCUGUCUCUCCCCCGCUGCAGCAACUGUCUCCUCUCUCCUUGCUGCCUUCGAGUCCCCUUUUUCUGCAGUGUUCUUAACUCAAGCAACAGCAGCAGCAGCAACAGCAGCAGCAGCAGCAGCGGCAGCAGCAGCAGCAUCGUUUGCUGCUGCUGCUGCUGCUGCUGCUGAUCUUGCUUCUGCGACUGCAGCACGACUGCUCGUGCACCAAAUACACAUUGCUGCUGCGGGAACGUCGGUGGAUCAACUGCCGUUCCCUGCAGCAGCAGCAGCAGCAGCAGCAGCAGCAGCAGCAGGUGCAGCUGCUUCUCUGUCUCCUUUGCGCAGCACUUCAUCUGAGUCGGCUGGGGCGUUGCUCUCUACAAUAUCAUCACUACACACAAGAAGGGCCCCAGUUGCUGCUGAUUUGCUCUGUGAUCUGCUGCUGCACUGCUGGAGGGGGCGGGGGGCCCCCCAGCUGCUGCAGCAGACAACGCGGAAGCUGCUGCUGCUGGACCGCGUAGCAGCAGCAGCAGCAGCCGAAGCAGCAGCAGCAGCAGCAGCAGAAGAAGAACCCACACCUACACCAACACCAGCAGCAGCAGCAGCAGCAGCAGCAGCAGCAGCAGCAGCAGCAGCAGAAGAGAGGGUUUGCUUGGCUGCAGCUCUAAGCCACUGCUUGAGGAGACAGCAGCAGGAGACAGAGAUCGAGGAGGAGACAAAGGAGACACUUCUUGCUCUCUGCGACGAAUGCAUGCGAGCUGACCUUACCGAGGCCCUCUCUCGCUUCAACAGCCUAACAGGAGAGGGGGGCCCCCUGGGGCCCCAGCUGUCUCUGUCUGCAGCGGAUCGGUUGCUGCAGGAGCUGCUGCAGCACCCCUCAGCAGCAGCAGCAGCAGCAGCAGCAGCAGCAGCAGCAGCAGAAGAGACAGCAGAGCUAGAGGCUAGCAGCAGCGCACACUGGCUUGAGGGGGCUGCUGUCUCCUCCUCUGUCUCUCUCACUUUCUCUGGGCCUAACCACAGCAUGUCUUCGAUCGAGCAGCAGCAGCAGACAGAGCCACCAGCAGCAGCAGCAGCAACUGCAGCAACAGCAGCAGCAGCAGCAGCUGCUGCUGCUGCUGCAGGGGAAGAACCAGCGACGAGCCAGCAUUCACCAGAGCCCUUUUGCUGCAGCAGCUCAGCUGCUGAGCAGCAGCGUGUCGGGGCAGCAGCAGCAGCAGCAGCAGCAUUUUUCCCCGGACCGCCAGCAGCAGCAGCAGCAGCAACAGCAGCAGCAGCAGCAGAGCCAACAGAGCCUCUUGAGGAGAUUGAGUGCAAGCUGCUGCUGCACUGCUUCCGCCCUGUCUUCGUUAAACUCUUCGAUCUGCUGCAGAGUGAAGAUGACUUUCUCCCUCUCACUGCUCUGCCGCUGAUACUGCAGGCGGUGGGGGCCCCCUGCAGCAGCAGGAGCCGUGUCUUCUGUACUAACCUAUGCAGGGCUAUGAAGCAGCAGAUCGCUAGGUUGGAGCCCGGGGCUCGCUCUCAGCAUCUCAAUGAACUCAGCCUCGCGGAGUUUGAAAUUUUCCUCUGCCAGAUUGCCUUCUCAAUGCAGAGCAUCUCGCCCCCCCCCAUGAUGUAUCGGGGGGUCCCCCUCAGCCCCAAGACAGAAAGAGGGGCCCAAAUUUAUUCUCUUCUCUAUCGCAUCAAGCAGGUGCCAGGGUCUCGUAGCUCUUGUCUCCCCCCCAUAGUAAAGAGCUGCGAGCUGCGGCUCGCCAGCCGCCACGCGGCGCUGCUCGUGGAGAGCCUCAACUGUCUCCUCAGCAGCGGGGUUCAUAUACAUAGAUUACCCCCAGGUCUCGGGGUGAUUGAGCAGAAGACAGAAGACGGGAGAAGCAUCAAACAGGUGGUUCUCCGUAAAGGUAGCGAUGCAACGACAGCAGCAACAGCAGCAGCAGCAGCAGCAGCAGCAACAGCAGCAGCAGCAGCAGCAGCAACAGCAGCAGCAGCAGCAAGAGCUGGAGAUCUGCCUGCUGAAGACUCCGUGCUGGGGGCCGCCUCAGCAGCAGCAGUGCAGCAGUGGGCCGUCGCUGGCUCGAUGCUGCCCUCGGGUGCCCUUCAAUGCGACGCCCAGGUGCAGUGCGUGCUUGGAGCUCCAGACAGGGCAGGGCUGAGGCUGCAGCAGCAAGCGGCUGGUGCUGCUAUGGGUUAUCUCUCCUCCCGGCCUAGGAGUUCCUCCGCCCGACCCCACACAGAGACCCCCAGCCCUAGGCCUUAUCAGCAGCAGCAGCAGCACAGCAGCAGCAGCAGCAGCAGCAGCAGCAGCAGGAGUGCAACGAGUAGGGGUCGGCUGCGCAGCAGCAGCAGGUCUCCUGCAGCAACAAAGAGCGAGAGAGAGGAGACACGGCGGGCGCAGCAGCAGCUGCUGCAGAGUAUAACAGUGCAGCAGCUGCUGCAGCAGACAUACAAAUGCAUGCAUAAGUUAUUUACUUCUUUUGCUGCUAGCAGCAACCCAGCAGCAGCAACACUCAGCCAGAAGGCCUGGGGCCGUUUGUCUCUCUUCCUUAACAUCGCCCCCUCACCACAAAUGAUUUGCUUCUUUAAACAAGCUCGCCCUUUCUGUGCACGCCAUCGACGCCAGAGUGAGCAGCAGCAGCAGCAGCAGCAGCAACACCAGCAGCAGCAGCAGCAGCAGCAGCAGCAGCAGCAGCAGCAGCAGCAGCAGCAGCAACACCAGCAGCAGCAGCAGCAGCAGCAGCAGCAGCAGCAGCAGCAGCAGCAGCUAUAUGUGUGCGUGCAGACUGCGAGCGAAGAGACAGUGGGCCGCUGCCUCUCCCAGCUGUUGUCCCACUGUCUCCUCGACGACAUGCGCGCCCUCAGAGACGGGCUGCAUGCGUUUCAAUCCACUGGGCGGCAGCUGCCGCCUCUCCUCCUCGAGGAGGGGGGUGGAUUGCCAGCUAGCUGA